AAGUGCAAGCUGGUGCCAAAUAGCAGCGUCGACUUCCGUUCCAAGUUUUGUGUCGUCGUUUGGAUAACGGAACAUGGACAAAAACUGAAUAAUAUUAGCGUGAAUAAGCUUUAAAAACUACUAUUAUGGCUGGGACGUAUUGUGAGUGGCGUCUUUGUGGAGUUUGAAGCCGAACUAGUUCGUACUAUUAUUCACCUCCCCGGCAGAAUUGUCAAUGGAGGACUCCAUCGAUGUGAUCCUGCAGGACUGCGACACGCUCCUCCCCGCGAGCGGUCCUCAUCCAGUGUUGUCGGCCUGCACGGGCGCUCUGUUCACAGGCCUCUACGGCUUGUGGAGUCUCUUCGCCAUGCCCGCCUUCCGCAAGGUCCCACUCAACCUGAAGACUGUUUUCCACUGUCAGAUGAAGGAAAAAAAAAACGCCGAUCUGGGAGGUGAUUGUCCUUAAGUGCCCUAUUUGCCCUGCAGUCGAGAUCAGACGCUGAACAUCAUGAAGCUGCUCGAAGGCCGAACGGGCCGCUUAGCAGAUUUGGGAUCAGGAGAUGGGAGACUGGUAUGCGUGCGGUUACGUCCAAAUGAGAAGUGCGUCACGUUUUGCGUGACGUACGCAUCUUUUAUUGCAUUCCCUGGCGAUGUUGCACAUAUCAGCUGUCGCUUAUUUCCUGGCAGAAUUUGUGGCGUGCAAUCAUUUGCACCCCAAAAGGAAGUGACGAAUCGCAUCACGUUGUGUUGCGUUCAGGGCCGCGAUCUUCAUUUUGUGAUCUUCAGGUCAAAAGCCCGUUGGAGCGGUGUGCCUUCCAGCCACGCUACAUUUUUUAAAAAAGACUUUUGGAAGACCGACUUAUCCCAGUACAACAACGUGACAGCUUUCCUUGCUCCAGGAGCGAUGGCAGCGCUUAGAGAAAAGCUGCUGAAAGAGCUUCCCGACGCCGCGUGCGUCGUCUCUUCCCGCUACCCGUUCCCAGGAUGGUCUCACCAAGCGACGCUCGGCUCGGGACUUAACCAGGCGUGGGCCUACGACGUCGGCGCCGUGCGGUCCGGUCUGAGGGCAAAGACUCGAGUACCGUGAGUGAGGUCAAU